GUCACUUCUUCAACAUCAUCAGGCCAUCCUGGGACUCCCCAAGUUCAUCAUUUGGCUAUCACCGGGAAGCAUGUGCCUAUCAGCGGCCCGAUUCCGUGCCGCACGAUUUAUUUCGACUGGCCUGGCCUUCGCGUCAUUGGCCACCGCACUUCAGACUCCGACCAACGUGACCAAUGCGACAAACACAACACUAGAAAGCUCUCGAAGAGAUUGCACCCGACGCCCCCUGACGGUCACGCUAUGGCAAGAACUAGAGUUAGAUGAGUACAUGAGGGAUUAUACCGGCGGAAAAACUCUGAAACUGCAGGCAUAUGCGGAUGAAGUCAAUGUCACCAAUUUCAUAUGUGGGAUUGGGCAGACUUGUGAUGCAGGUCAACUUUGUAGCAGCGCGAUGGCCCCCGAUUGGUACAUUCUUGUAGCUACCCAAAAUUGGAAUAAAGUCAUGAAUAUGCUGUACACAUCCCUCUCAUUCGGAAUUGGUGCAAUGCAAGAUAUCGCGCCAACGAUGAUAAACGAUUUAUCACCCCCUAGCAGUCCAACACCAGUCGCGUCUGCUACAUGGUUGGCGCUUGUCGCCUCAUUCUCAGGAGCCCUUCCAGGGAUGGUUUUUCCCGGGAUGUGGGUUUGGAUUUGGGUAUUCCUACAAGGGUUACUUUAUACCACUGCAUCAGAAUUGUGGUUCUGGCAAAACGUAAUCAGAGCUCCACCAGAUGUGAGGAGUGGGUACACAAGGUGGAUAGAGUUCGCCUGGAUGCUAUCAAAACUUGAAGAUAAAUCUCAAGAAAAGCUGAGUAACUAUACCAAGGGGGUCCUUCAGGCUGGUAUUAGCACAGAGGAAGGGAUGUACGGAGUUCUUAAAAAUGGCGCGUUCCUUCAAAAAACCAUCGAAAAAACUCAAUACAAGCUUCAAGCUUCUUUUGAGGCAGUCAUUAAAUUAAGGCUUCUGGCAGCCAUUUUGAAAGCUCAGAGUGUUUUCAUCAUUCGAAAUAGCGAUCCAUGUACGCAAUCAGGGCCGAACGGGGAAUUUGAAGGCAAAGGAGUGUUGUCCUACUGUGGCCCCGAUAAAGUAAUGAUGAAUAUAGUGAAAGCCAAGGGGACUAAGACGCAUAGGAAAGUUUAUGGCGCCUCGCUGAUUGAAUCGAAGUAUGGCUUUACUGUAGAGUUCUUAACAACUUCCGCAUGGAAAUGUCAAACAAAAUACGGAGGUUACGAGCAUGACCCAUACACUAAUAGCACACUUCCAACGGACAUAAACGCAGAUUGUCUGUUCAAUUUACCGGUAUGUGACUGUGGUUCACCAGCGGUCUCGACAAGGAGGAAAAAAGGGGUUCGAACAGUCAAGGCUUGCAUGAAAGCAGGAGUUCCUAUCCAUCAUUCCGGUCCACAAUUUACCUGAUGUAUUAUACGCAAUGAGAUCAAGUGGAAAUAAUCUCUGUUAGCUACAACUUCAUGCUUGAAUUUGCUAACCUUGGGAUUUCUUUCACACCUCUUUCACACCUUGUCUGAUCAUAAGAACUUUUUGCUUGUUUCAAUAAAUGGGAAUGCCAUUCUACUCUAGCUGUUUGGCGCAGUUGAAUUUGUCUUGAUGAUCAGGGUUUGUGAUCCAUUCACUCACUUCGAAAAGAGUCCUCCCUUGUUUUUCUGUUCGGUUUCCCACCCAAAAAUAAUCUUGAAUCCAUGAAAGUGGACUUAUCCAGAUCAAAGUAGUGUGAAAAAUAUUCAUACAGCUUGUAGGGAGUUUUUUUUUUAAUCACACCUGUCUUGUCAAUGGGGCACUCCACACUUGGAAUGGGUAAAAGAGGAAAGAAAGGGAUGAAUGAUUAUUGUACCUUCAAGAGUUGAGAAGGGAAAGAAAAAAAACCAAACUCUCAUCUAUUGUUGUUAAUUAAAAGAGUGCUAAUG